AUGGUGCAAGUAAACCAUGGUUCACCAUCUUCUGCCUCAGAGCAUGAACGAAGUACUGAUAAUCUCAAUCAAGAUCAGAAUGCAGAUGAAGAUGAACCGGAAACAGAAACAGGGCAAGAGCAAGAUAUUGAGAUGCCCAAAGAAGAGUCUGAGAAUGAACAUUUGGUAGGUGAUCAAGAAACAAAUCAAGAAGAUGGUGAUGAUGAUCAAGAAACAAAUCAAGAAGAUGGUUAUGAUCAUCAAGAAGAAGUGAAUAGUCAAGAAGGAUUUGAUGAUGAUCAUCAAGAAGUGGUGGAAGAAGAGGAGCCACCUGUCAGUAGCACUUCUAUACAACAAACAGAGGAAGAAGUUAAUCAAGAAAACAAUGCGGAGGUCGACUCAGUGGAAGACGAAGGAGCAGAAGAGAGCCGGAAAAGGGGAAGAGAAUCCUCCUCAGAGGAAAACGAAGAACAAAACGAUGAAGAAAAAGAAGAAGAUUAUGGGAAAGAACAGCAAGUAGAAGAUCAACAAGUAGAAGAACGAGAAAAACCACAAGAGCAGCAUCCUCCUGAAGUUGAUGGGCCCUUUUUUGAUGCAGUUCUAUACUCUCCUACUCCCCCUUCACCACAAAGUGUAGACUAUGCUAGAUGGGUCCAAUAUCAUUCACAGCUACCAUUAAAUUCACUCGGAUAUGACCAAUCUGUAAUUGAACGACACCACUCGCCUGAAAAUAUUUCUGAACGAGGACUGGGAGGAGGAAAUGGUGGUGAAGAUGAAGAAGGGGAACAUCAAGUAAAUAGGGAAAAAGGAAAAGCAAUCCUAGAAGAUGAAACAAAGGAGAAUUAUAAAGAAAGAGAAAUUUAUUCCAUGAUGAUUAAAAAUUGUUAUGACAGUGAUGAUCCCCGAGACAGAGAAAUCUUGAAGGCUAUGCUUGCCUACCGACUAGACAAUAGUAUCAUUCCCGAAAUUAAACAAUUGCACAACUUCAUCAAGAAUGAGAGUACAUUUGAAAUUUCUGCUGAGGAAUUGAGCAUCAAAGUAUUGAUAUUGCAGGCAAAGUUCAAUCUUAUUGUGGAAGAGUAUGGUCUAAACCCUGCAUUCGAUGAACUCCAUAAUCAAGAGAUUUUUGAUCUCUCAAAACAAAUAUGGGGGUGA